AUGCCAUUGCCAGAACCGCGCGAGCUCACUCCUCGAGUCUGCGAGUUAGCAACCUGUAGCGAGGCAGACACGGAUCUCCUCAAGCGCUGCUCAAGCUGCAAGGCGGUAUACUACUGCGGAGCAUCCCAUCAAACAGCCGACCGAAGCCAUCACAAAAAUGGCUGUACCAUCAUCAAAAAGUCACGCAAGGCGGUAGAGAAGGAGGAGCAGGAGCUUCGUGACCACCCUGGAGAUAUGUUUACGCCUCCGAAUAUCUUUGAGAAUGGCGUUGGGCAUUUUUGGGGUAUUCAUGAGACUCGUGCGUAUAUGCGUGCGCGAUACCAUAUGGUCGACGUGUUGCUCCAGGUUUAUGGCGCGCCGGGCGGUAAGAUUGACGCGGUUCAAGAGGCCUUGGACCAUCUUCUUGAUAUGCUUCGUCUUUGUCGGGGCGACAACAUGGGUGUGAGGGAUCUUGUGCCGCAUUUGUACAUCCGCCUCAACAGGGAUCAGGAAGCCUACGAUUUCGUCAAGUGGUACGCGACCACCGGCUCGGAGUCAAAGUAUGAUUGGGGCGAUAUGGAUCAACCAUAUCUCGAUAUCAGGAACGCGGAUGUUUUGGAGGAACCACUGGAGACUUGGUCAAACGGGAAAUAUCUCAGCCUAGGCCACGUUGCGGCUGUCACGUUGAUCAAAGUGAGAAUUCUGCUUGACCUGCAGUCUGCUCAAAACACCGCACGAGCUCUUACUGGUACCAUUCCCCCGGAGAUCGUGGGACUCAUCCGCGGUGAGCUUGUCGGCAGUGCUGUGGCAUCGCGUUCUGAUAUCCUCCUGGGUAGCACAGAACAUCUGUCUAAGCUCAUCAAACAGGUUAAGGACCAGAUUAUCAAACUUUACAGAUCUGUGAACGAGUAUAACCCUCACUUCUGGCGCUUGAUGUUGAGCAGUCCAGUGUCAGCCGCAUCUCAAAGACCUGGGAUGUACUCACAUGAGACGAAGGAGGAAGCUUGUCUGAUGAUUGGGUAUUGUCUUGCUUCGUGGGUUGAGACUCCUGGAGCGUUUCAGUUGAUGAAGGAUUUGAGUCAGACUGUUUAG